AUGGAGGAGCCUAGAGACUAUCAGGCAGAAACUAAGGGAUCAGAAAAAAUCUACUGGCGGAACGGAGUUGCCAACGGCCUGUGGAGCAACAGGCCUAAAUUUUAUCGUGACUACUGCAACAUGUGCCUCGCCCAUGAUUCUCCAUCUGUGAGAAGGACACGCCGCAGUAGCAGGAAGCACACAGGGAAGGCGAAAGACUGCUAUCAGAAGUGCACGGGAGAGCAGGCUCAGAGCCUGAUUGACAAAACAGCUGCUGCAUUUCAACAAGCAAAGAUACCUCCUACUCCAUUCUCUGCUCCUCCUCCUGCAGGGGCAAUGAGCCCACCUCCCCCUAGUCUCCUGGGUCCUCCUCGCCCUGGGAUGAUGCCUGCACCUCAUGGGGGCCCUCCCAUGAUGCCGAAUGGGCCCCCUCCUCCUGAGAUGAUGCCAGUGGGACCUGCUCCUGGAAUGAGGCCGCCUAUGGGAGGCCACAUGCCAAUGAUGCCCGGGCCCCCAAUGAUGAGACCUCCUGCCCAUCCCAUGAUGGUGCCCACCCGGCCAGGAAUGACCCGACCAGACAGAUAAGGAGAUUGGGGAGCCUCUUUAUAUCAGUUUUAUAUUACUUGUACUUCACCAGGAGAUCAUGGUGCUGUGACUCGGGGUGUUUUCUAACAGCAUGAUAAGGAAAACUUGUUCCCCCUUCCUAUCAGAGAGAGUGGUUUUGGAGGGAAGUAGUGGGACAGAAAAAACAGUUUUCAUUUGUAUUGUGAAAUGUGAAAAUAAAAUUGUCAAUUCUUUUAGUUAAAAAAAAAAA